AAAAGUGUCAAAACCAAGUCAAAACGUUGUGAGGAAUCAGAUCAGAACAAUAUAAUAUAAUCUAGGAUACCUAUACGAAUUAUAAGCUGAACAUUGUUAUUGAUUCACGAGCAAUUUAAUUGUAGUAUUUUCUAUUAUUGCAUGGAUAUUGUAAUUUAUCUCAAGGCAAACUAUUACUGACCAGUGACCACUACUCCAUUUGAGGAGUAGAUAUACUUAACUAAAGACCCAAAAAAGACAACAAACAAAAAAAAAACCGUAUUUCCUUAAUAAAAUGAAUAUGCAACAAAGAGAAGAAAAACAACUAGAGACUACGAUUCAAGCAAUAAUUAAUCGAGUCAAUGAUUUAAAAACUGCAAUCCAAGCACUCAUUAAUAAAUUAGAAACUGAAUAUGAAACAAUUAACUGGCCUACAUUUUUGGACAACUAUGCAAUUUUAUCUGGACAUUUAACAGGACUGAGUAAAAUACUACAAGCUGAACUUGCAGCGUCACUGAGGUCACGUAUUGUAUUGCCACUUCAAUUGAGCUGUGAGCGUGAUGAAGCAUUGGCUAGAUUAACAGAAGGGCGUGUUCCAGCAUGUACACAUGAUCUAGUACCAGAUCUACUACGUACUAAGCCAGAACCUCAGGCUGAACAAAGACUUCAACAAUUUAAUCAUAAAGCCAGUACAUUAAGUUAUGAUACUGCACAGAAACAAGUUGCUCAAUUCACAAAAGUGGUAAGCCAUGUAUGGGAAAUAAUAUCGAAAGGUCGUGAAGAUUGGGAUGGGGAUUCUAUGCGAUCGGCAGGGAUGCAACCGACUCAUAGUAUUUCCGAUACACAUGCACUGGUGACUGCCGUGGGAACUGGCAAAGGAUUACGACCUGGUAUACCAUCUAUAGUUCCGCAAGGUGUUGCGCCAGGCAUGGGCCCAUCCAGGGGCCCAGCUCCACAACUUGGUCAGCCUACUCCUUCAUUGCCGAAAGCGCCAUCUGCUAUUAAAACCAACAUCAAAGCAGCAAACCAGAUUCAUCCCUAUCAACGUUGAUCGUUAUGUAACUAAAUAUAAUUUAAUAAAUAACUGAAAUAUUA